AUAAAUGUCUGCCAAAUUGGUUUGUCAAGAAAUAUCUAGAACCAACUAAAUGUGCUGUUCCCCAUCAAAAAACCUGGUAUGGGAAAUGACCUGUGGCCUCAUAAUCAGCUAAAUGAUGUGAAGCACCAGAAUACUCCUUUAGAUUGGAUGCAUGCACAUCAUAUUCUCAUUUUAAAGAAUUCUCAAGCACAAAAUGCUUUCUAAAUUAGCAUGUUUUUUCAGUACAGAUCAGCCCAUCUGUAGUUUUUAGUGAAAUUCAUUCACGUCAAAAAUUUGUUUUGGCUUUACCUUAUGGUGCAGCUCACAACAGCAGAUGGACUCCAGGCCGAACGUUUUUUCUUUGCCGUAAUGUAAUUGGGACCGUUUAGCCUUUUAGGCUUUCAGGCUGUUGUUGGAUCCUUGAAUAAAUGAGGCCCACACAGAAUGUUUUGGAUUAAACAUGAUGUUUUAAUUACAAGAUAAUAUUCUCAACUUUUGCAUCCUGUUGUAAUUCAGACUUUCUUUGUGGCGCAUUCAGGCACACACACGCACACACACAGAGAAAACAAAGCUGUCUUGCCAGAUAUGAAUAUUGAUGUCUGUUCCAGACUGUCUGAAAAUUUGGAUGCUGUUUGAUCACAACUGAAUAUAAUUGAUCAACAAGUUUUCGAGCAACAUUGCUUUGCUGGAAAUUUUAAAAUUUCUUUCGCUGAUUACUGCUACUUUGGCUGAAUUUGGAGGAAGGAUUUGUAAGAUGUUGACAGCAUGGUUCUAACAGAAUGAAAGGUAUUGCUUCUUAAACAGGAUAAUGUGUCGCUACUUGGAAAAAAUAGUAUUUACUGUCACUUAUUAUGUUUUAGUUCCAGACUAAAGGCUGUUUUUUAACAACAGAUGUGUUGUCACUAAAAAUUUGCCAAGUCCUUUGUGCUAAAGAGAUCCAUCUGUGUAUCCUCAGGUUCCCUUUCCUCUCUAACGGGAUGCAGUUGUUUGGUGAUUAAGGUCUAUUAUUUGGGGAACAACUUCCAUUUUCGAAUUUUGUCUUUUUCCUCCUCAAAGGCACGCCGGACGCAGAUCAGGGGUAAAAAAAACAAAAACAUAAUCCCCAAACAGUUUUCCUGCUCUAAAGGAGGACAUGAAUGGUGAGGACCAUUCUGAAGACAACCUGCAGGGUGAUAAUGGUGGUCUUCUAUCUGCAGGCGCCAGCGCAAAAGCAUAUGUUGACUUUCUCCACAGUUUGAACACUGUAAUUGACAAAAGUAGUGAGUACCUGACGCAGACAGCAACAGAGAAAGCAUGUUUAAGCAGCGGACAAAUAACAGGGUUUGUCAUAGUUUGUAUAUGCUGAAACAUACAGCGUGACAGGCAGAAGCAUGCUGCCACUUAAGAGUCAGAUUUUAAACUUUGAUGAAGCUGCAUCAUUUUAUUUGAGACGAAGCAAAUCCCCAAUUACAGCGUCUAGUCUGCUUGUUAAAUAUUCUGUAGCAUAACUCCCACCACCCUCUCCAUCACCUCCACUCCACAACAGUAAACCACAAGCCAAGUUUUGCGUGGCAGUGCUAAUGAUAAGGCAUGUCACAGUAAGGGAAAACAUGGUUGUUAAAAAGCAGAUGUCUGUGCCAGUUCACAGAUGGGAUUGAUAUUCACAUGGCCGGAGGUGAUUCGUUAUAGUACAGGUUCUACAUGUAAGCGGAAAAAUGUAUGCGUUCUAAUGAGACUUGGUGGCGGGGGCGGCAGCUGUAUAGAGGGGGUGGGAUAGUAUUUACUCUACCAACGACAUACUCCACUCAGACUGAGAAAGACAGCCGAUGUGAGCAAGGGAGGAGGCAUCGGCUCUGAUCAACUAACCGGUAGGUAUACUGUACAUACUGUACCUUUGGAAAGUGGAGCAGAGAGAAUUAGAUCUGUCUUAUAUUACUGAACCAGCAUAAUUCAGAGUUAGCUGCCAACAUUUCAUCUUAUCAGUGUAUGAAAGAUUUGAGUUAUUAGCAUCCUACAUUGAACUUCAUAUCAACUUUUAGUGACAUGUUUUUCUUCCUGGCUUCUCCGUCAGUGAUCAUGCAGACAGUGGCACUCCUCCUCAUAAUGGGACUGGUGGAUUUGAGCACCAGCCAGCAUUACAGCCAGUUCCAGUGGUUGUCCCAUCUGCGAGGGCGGCGGAGGCAUGUCGGCUGGCAGGCUGAGGCCGUGGACUGCCCUCUGGAGUGCGACUGCCCUUCAGCCUACCCCACAGCAAUGUACUGUCACAGCCGCAACCUUCAGCACAUCCCCUACGUCCCCUCACAUAUUAAGUACGUCUACCUGCAGCGGAACCAGAUCACAGGCAUUCAGGACGGGGUGUUUGACAACGCUACUAACUUGAUCUGGAUUGUACUGUUUCACAACCAGCUCAACUCGGACAAGAUCGGCAAGAACGUAUUCAGCAAGCUCAAGAACCUGGACCAGCUCUUCUUGGAUCACAAUGAGCUUACACGUGUUCCUCCCAACUUGCCAAAGUCCAUCACGAACCUGCGGCUCGGCCACAAUAAGAUCUCAAAACUCCUCUCCAGCUCUUUGGAGGGGAUGUCCAACCUCACCACCCUCCAGCUCCAAGCAAAUGUCAUAGAGGACGUUGGAGGUGUGUUCAACGGACUGAAGUCUCUGACCCUGCUGGACAUGAGGAAAAACAGGCUGAGAAAAAUCCCUAACAGCCUUCCUGAGAGGCUGCAGCAGCUCUACUUGGAGUUUAAUAGCAUAGAGAGUGUGCCGACGGGCUUUCUAACCAUGUACCCCAAACUGCAGUUUGUCCGGUUGGCUCAUAACAAGCUGACAGACAAAGGACUUCCCCCCAAUGUCUUUAAUAUCAGCACGCUGGUUGAGCUUGACCUUUCUUUCAAUAAACUGGAGAAAAUCCCUGUUGUCAGUAGGGACCUGGAGAACCUUUAUUUACAAGCCAAUAAGAUCAAAGAGUUCUCCUUGAGCAGCUUCUGCAGCACAAUCGACAUGACGAACUUCUCCAAGCUAAGAAUGCUGCGUUUGGACGCCAAUGAGAUCAGAGCCAAAGACAUUCCUGCUGAAGCUGCCUACUGUUUGCGACAUGUGGCCUUUAUUGAUGUGUAGCGCUUCCUGAUAUGUCUGGCUGAUUUGUCUCCACUCAUGCAGAGCUUUGCUCCAUCUGCAACACCUCCGACCCGUUAUUAAAGCUGCUAUUAUUAUUGCAAAUGAUUAAACAGUUCCAAUAUUAGUCAACAGGAAAUACCACUGUUGUAUAAUCAUGUAUCCAGAUGACAAACAUAUGGAUAAGGCCGAUGAGAAAAGGCCUAAUGACUAACGUGUUUUCAGCAAAUUGAUUUGAUUAACAGGUAUUCUAGCAAAUCUAAUAGUCUUAAAUAUACUUAAGUUGGAGCGGAUGACAACCUAAGACAACUGAGUUAGUAUAUUAGUGCCAAUCAUCAGCGUGAGACCCAAUUUGGAACUUUGCCUCCACCAUGUGGCACGAGGUGACAAAACAGUGGAGCAGCAGUGAUUUCAUUAACUUCUGGCAACACAAGUGAUGUGUGUUCAGUCAUAAAUUUACUGCCGGCUGGUUUGAAUAAAUAUCUAUAGAAUACUUUUACUUUAAAGAUUGCUCAUAAAUUUGCCAUCACCAUUGCAACGUUUUAAAGUGUUUGUCAUUAUGAUGGAGGAGAAACACGUAUUCCUCCUCAAAUAAGCCUCUGAAUUAUGCAAGGAAAAUCAUAUAUUGGAUUCAAGACUGAUAUAACUGCACCUAACCUAAUUUCAGUAGCGGUGUUUGGGGCAAGAGACUACAGGUGCAUGAAUUAAUCACCAUGAAACUUCCCCAGUUCAUUGCUUGCAUUUAAACAGUUAUUUUUAUGUAUUAUAUGUUUAAAUUUACAUUUUAUGUUUAAAUAUGCAAAUGAGGCAUUAUUUUAUUGAACAAUCACUGACUUGUGUACAUGUCCAGAACAGAAAUAUGAACUAAACAACAACUAAAUGUG